CUUCCAUUGGAUUCCAGGGAAUUCGCGAGCGCAGGCGGCUAUAAAAGUAAACGACAAACUGUGCGUCGCGUCAGAUCAAAAUCAAACGUCUUGCAGCGCAGCGAAUUAUUCAAGCAUUUUCUCUGUGAAAUAGUGUUUUCUUGUAUAAUCGGUGCAGAUAUUUAUAAAGAUGCCUGAAGAACAAGAAGUUGAGACUUUCGCCUUCCAGGCUGAGAUCGCUCAGUUGAUGAGCUUGAUCAUCAACACCUUCUACUCGAACAAAGAAAUCUUCCUUCGAGAAUUGAUCUCCAACUCUUCUGAUGCCUUGGACAAGAUCCGGUAUGAAUCUCUCACCAACCCAUCCAAGCUGGAGUCUGGCAGAGAACUGUACAUCAAAAUUAUUCCCAAUAAGAGUGAAGGCACCUUGACUCUUAUUGAUACUGGUAUUGGUAUGACUAAGGCCGAUUUGGUGAACAACCUGGGUACCAUUGCCAAGUCAGGAACUAAGGCUUUCAUGGAAGCUCUGCAAGCUGGAGCUGAUAUCAGCAUGAUUGGGCAGUUCGGCGUGGGUUUCUACUCCGCUUACUUGGUUGCUGAUAAAGUUACCGUAGUAUCCAAGCAUAAUGAUGACGAGCAAUACAUCUGGGAGUCUUCUGCUGGUGGAAGCUUCACAAUCCGUUCCGACUCUGGUGAGCCUUUGGGACGUGGAACCAAAAUUGUGUUGCACAUUAAGGAAGAUCAAACCGAAUUUUUGGAGGAAAACAAGGUCAAAGAGAUUGUGAAGAAGCACUCCCAAUUCAUUGGCUACCCAAUCAAACUGCUCGUCGAAAAGGAACGCGAAAAGGAGUUGAGCGAUGAUGAGGCCGAAGAGGAAGAAGACAAAGAUAAACCAAAGAUUGAAGAUGUCGGCGAGGAUGAAGACGAGGACAAGAAAGAUGAGAAAAAGAAGAAGAAGAAGACCAUUAAAGAAAAAUACACUGAAGAUGAGGAAUUGAACAAGACCAAACCCAUUUGGACCAGAAACCCAGAUGAUAUCAGCCAGGAAGAAUAUGGUGAAUUCUACAAGUCGCUUACCAACGACUGGGAGGACCAUCUAGCUGUAAAACACUUCAGUGUUGAAGGUCAACUCGAAUUCAGAGCACUUCUGUUCGUACCAAGACGUGUGCCAUUUGACCUCUUCGAAAACAAGAAGCGCAAGAACAACAUCAAGCUGUACGUCAGGCGAGUUUUCAUCAUGGACAAUUGUGAAGAAAUUAUCCCCGAAUACUUGAACUUCAUUAAAGGUGUGGUCGACUCUGAGGAUUUGCCGCUGAAUAUUUCUCGGGAGAUGUUGCAGCAGAACAAAAUCUUGAAAGUUAUCCGUAAGAAUUUAGUGAAGAAAUGCUUGGAACUUUUCGAAGAAUUGUCUGAAGACAAAGAUGGCUACAAGAAAUUCUACGAACAGUUCUCAAAGAACCUAAAAUUGGGAAUCCAUGAAGAUUCUCAGAACAGAACCAAAAUUGCCGAUUUACUCCGCUUUACCACUUCUGCCAGUGGAGACGAAGCCUGUGCAUUGAAAGAAUAUGUUAGCCGCAUGAAGGAAAACCAAAAGAGCAUCUACUACAUCACCGGAGAGAGCAAAGACCAGGUCGCCAACUCCGCCUUUGUCGAACUUGUUAAGAAGCGUGGAUUUGAAGUGGUUUACAUGACUGAGCCAAUCGAUGAAUACGUUGUCCAACAAUUAAAAGAAUAUGAUGGUAAACAACUAGUAUCUGUAACCAAAGAAGGUUUGGAAUUCCCCGAAGAUGAAGAAGAAAAGAAGAAGCGCGAGGAAGACAAAGCCAAGUUCGAGGGCCUGUGCAAAGUGAUGAAGAGCAUUUUGGACAGUAAGGUUGAGAAAGUCGUGGUUUCCAACCGUCUGGUUGAGUCUCCCUGCUGCAUCGUCACAUCUCAAUACGGCUGGACUGCCAAUAUGGAAAGAAUCAUGAAGGCCCAAGCUCUUCGUGACACGUCAACCAUGGGUUACAUGACGGCGAAGAAGCACUUGGAAAUCAACUCCGACCAUCCAAUCAUCGACAACCUGAGGCAAAAAGCUGAUGCAGACAAGAACGACAAAGCCGUCAAAGAUUUAGUUAUUUUGUUAUUCGAAACCGCAUUAUUGAGCUCCGGCUUCACUCUUGAGGAACCCCAAGUUCACGCUUCUCGCAUCUACAGAAUGAUCAAGCUUGGUUUGGGCAUUGAUGAAGACGAAGUGAUGUUGACUGAAGAUAUUCCAGUCGCCGAUGCUCCCGUUGAAGGUGGCGAUGCCGAAGAUGCGUCCCGCAUGGAAGAAGUAGAUUAAAUCGAUUUUCGUUUGUUGUCCAUCGAACAUGUGUUCUAAUGUGUUCUGCAUUAUUUUUAUAGUCCUAUUUUGUAAGUUUUUUUUACGAGACAGUAUUUUUGUUUGCUUAACUGAAAUCUCUUUCAGCCUGUACUGAAUAUCAAUUGUUUUAGGCUGUGUAAUAUUAUAGCGAAUAAAUUACCCGGUUGAUUUGAAAAGUU